AUGUGGCUCCCUCUGCUGGUUGUUGUGUCGUUGCUGAUCCUCCUCUUCAGAUGGCACAGACAGAGCCAAAUACUACAGAACCUCACCGAUAAAUAUGUGCUGAUCACUGGAUGUGAUACAGGAUUUGGAAACCUGCUGGCGAAGCAGUUGGAUCAACGAGGGAUGAUAGUGUUGGCAGCUUGUCUGACAGAGAAAGGGGCCCAAGAUCUAAAGGAGGAGGCUUCCAGCAGACUGCAGACUGUAAUCCUGGAUGUAACUGAUAGUCAGAGUGUAAGCUCUGCUGCCAAGUGGGCUGCUAGUAUUGUAGGAGAUAAAGGUGAAUCAUGUCUACAAAUGCUCGCAGUUUAGGGAAUAAGAUCCAUGAACUUGUGGCAAUAAUGGCAAGUGUAGAUUUAGUCGCUGUUACUGAGACAUGGUACAAUGAGAAAAAUGACUGGGACAUAGCAAUACCAGGGUACUCUUUAUAUAGGAAAGAUAGGGAAGGCAAGAAAGGGGGAGGGGUGGCCUUGUAUGUGAAGGAUAGCAUAAAAUCUAGCCUAAUAAAAGUUAGUGAGGCAAACAUAGAGUCCGUUUGGGCUACGUUAGAAUUUGGUAAUCACACAGUAACUCGUGUAGGUGUGAUUUAUAGGCCCCCAGGACAAAUUGAAGAGUUAGAUAAUCUACUAGUUGAGGAAAUAACUAAAAUGACAAUGAAGGGGGAAGUUAUCAUCAUGGGUGACUUUAAUCUUCCUGAUGUAAAUUGGAAAACAAAAUUAGCUACUUGUGCCAGGAGCACACAUAUUCUAAACUCCUUACUGGGAUUGUCUCUAAAACAAGUUGUUGAGGAGCCAACUCGUAAAGAGGCCAUACUAGAUUUAGUGUUAACAAAUGGAGAUUUGGUAUCAGAUGUUACUGUAGGUGAAAGUUUAGGAUCCAGUGAUCAUCAGUCAGUGUGGUUUAAUAUAAGAACAGUGACUGAGUCACACAACACAAAAACAAAAGUUUUAGACUUUAGAAAAACAGACUUUUCUAAAAUUAGAAUAUGGGUAGAGGAGUCAUUAUCAGACUGGAGCAAUUUAAAUGGAGUCCAAGAAAAAUGGGAUUAUUUAAAAGUUGCACUAUUGAAGGCAACAGAAAAUUGCAUUAGGCUUGUCAGUAAAAGCAAAAAAUUCAAGAAACCACUGUGGUACUCCGCAGAUGUGGCCAAAAUAGUUAAAAACAAAAAGUUAGCAUUUAGGAAUUAUAAAAAAACCCAGAGUGAGGAAGACAAAAUGAUCUAUAAGAUUAGGCAGAAAGAGGCUAAGCAAGUUAUAAGAGCUUCCAAAUCACACACAGAAGAGAAAAUAGCACAGUCAGUAAAAAAGGGGGAUAAAACAUUUUUUAGAUACAUAAAUGAGAAAAGAAAAGUAAAACAAGGAUUAGUUAGAUUAAAAACAAAAGAAGGAAGAUAUGUAGAAGAGGAUAAAGGUCAGGCUGACUGCCUCAAUGAAUAUUUUUGUUCUGUAUUUACAGAUGAAAAUGAAGGAAAGGGACCUCAGUUGAGAAAAAGGAUAAAUGAGUCAUUUAUUACACGUGAGUUUACAGAGGAAGAGGUUCUAUUUCAACUGUCAAAAGUAAAGACAAAUAAGUCAAUGGGACCUGAUGGAAUACACCCAAAGCUAUUAAAAGAGCUUAGUGGUGUACUAGCAAAACCAUUAACAGAUUUAUUUAACCAAUCAUUGUUAACAGGAGUAGUCCCAGAAGAUUGGAAGUUAGCGAAUAUUGUGCCCAUUCACAAGAAAGGUAAUAGGGAGGAGUCGGGCAACUAUAGGCCAGUAAGCCUUACUUCAGUAGUGGGGAAAGUGAUGGAAACCAUGUUAAAGGAUAGGAUUGAUGAACAUCUAAAAACACAUGGAUUUCAAGAUCAGAGACAACAUGGGUUUACUUCAGGGAGAUCAUGCCAAACUAAUCUUAUUGAUUUUUUUGAUUGGGUAACUAAAAUUAUAGAUCAGGGUGGUGCAGUAGACAUUGCUUACCUAGAUUUCAGUAAGGCUUUUGACACUGUUGCACAUAGAAGGCUUAUCAAUAAACUGCAAUCUUUAAGUUUGGAUUCAAAUAUUGUUGAAUGGGUAAGGCAGUGGCUGAGUGACAGGCAACAGAGGGUUGUAGUUAAUGGAAUAUAUUCGAAGCUUGGACUUGUCACCAGUGGGGUACCUCAGGGAUCUGUACUUGGACCCAUUCUCUUUAAUAUUUUUAUUAGUGAUAUUGCAGAAGGUCUUGAUGGUAAGGUAUGUCUUUUUGCUGAUGAUACUAAGAUAUGUAACAGGGUUGAUGUUCCAGGAGGGAUAAGCCAAAUGACAAAUGAUUUAGGUAAACUAGAAAAAUGGUCAGAAUUGUGGCAACUGACAUUUUACCUGUCUCUUGCCCUCUCCUAAAGGGCAGCCCACCUUAUUUGAUUGCAAAUUCCUGUCCUAAUGUGUUCUACACCCCACCUCCUAUAGAAUGUAAGCUCGAUUGAGCAGGGUCCUCUUCAACCUAUUGUUCCUGUAAGUUUAUUUGUAAUUGUCCUAUUUAUAGUUAAAUCCCCCAUCAUAAUAUUGUAAAGCGCUAUGGAAUCUGUUGGCGCUAUAUAAGUGGCAAUAAUAAUAAUAAUAAAUAAUAAUGUCCUGUCAAUAAUAGAUAUAUUUUUAUUUGCACAAGACAGCUUUUUUUUAAGAGCAUGCUCCGUGUGUUAAAUAUUAUACAGAGUAAUAAUAAUGCACUACUGGAAGCCCAUGAGCCGUAUUUGACCAUAGCAACAGUGUACAUUCCCUAAAUAUGCCUUUAAAACUCAAUGACUAUUUUUGCACAAAAGAGAAACCCUUUAAAUUAUUAACUUACAGUACUCCAGUAGAAAACUUUUUGUGGGGAAAUUCAGUACGUUUUUCAAACUUUAUUUAAGAUAAAUAUAUACUCUUGUAUAUUGAAGGUUAUAUUGUGACAGUGUAGUUUAGAACAAUGCUAAUUAUUGAUCUUAUAAUAAUUAAAUGUUAUUAGAUAGUUUUAUAUAUGACUGGAGAGAUCCUUUCCUCCAUUAACAGGAAGUGCUCUACAAGUCCAUAGUAUAACAACAUACCAUAAAGAAAAAAUAAUUUAGUGUUAUGCUUGAUUGUAUUCAACCCAUUUUAGAAACAAUGCAUUUAAUAUGUUCUGUUUUUCAUAGUUGCAUUGCAGGGCUUAACUUAAGGUGUGCUAACAGAGUUCUUGUAACUGGAGUCCCUCUGUAGACUGUUCUAAUCCAACUUCAAUGUGUUUAUUAACGAUCUAGCAGAUCAUUAAAAAACUCAAGCAGUAUAGUGAACUCUCUGGUAACCUAUUCAUUAUUAUUCUUAUUUAUUAAGCACAAACACAAUACUCAGCGCUGUACAAUUUGUGGACUAACAGGCAAGUAUUUGCAACAGGAUGAGUUAAAUGUACAAAGAACAAGAGGACACCCAUGUAGACUUGAAUAAAGAAGAUUUUGCCUAUAGUAGAGGUAAAGGUUCUUAUCAGUAAGGACAAUAAGAUGUGGAAUUUUAGAGUGUAAUUGCCAUGGUACACAGUGUACAAAGUAGGCAAAUUAUUUCAUCUACACGCUAUAAGAAUGCUAACAAAUGUUGUGUUUUUAAUUUAAUAUUCUUUAAAACGUUGAUCUUUCCUCAACUUGUCAAUCAAUCCUCAGCAUAGACCACCCUUUGCCGGCUGCAUACUGGGAGGUCUAGGCAGAUAAUUGAUUGACUGGUUCUUCUGGUCCCUAUCACAGUAAUACUACUCCAACAAGCAUUUAUUAUACUUUUUACAGUUUUAUUAUUUUAUAUUUUGCAGGACUAUGGGGUCUAGUGAAUAAUGCAGGGUCCGCAAUUCCAAUGUCUCCCAAUGAAUGGCAAAAAAAGGAAGACUUUGCUAAAAUGCUGGAUAUAAACUUGAUGGGUUUAAUCGAUGUAACACUGAAUUUCCUUCCAAUGAUCAGAAAAGCUAGAGGACGCAUUGUUAAUGUUUCUAGCGCUAUUGGAAGAAUAGUGGUAGCUGGUGGAGCAUACUGCAUCUCAAAAUUAGCUGUACAAGCAUUCUCCGAUAGCAUACGGUAAGCGAUCUAGAAACUGAUAUUUACUUGGACCUGUAAAUACAAUACAGUCAGUAGAUUUCUAACAUUGGGAUUUAGUGCUUUUGUUCAUGGCAAUAAGGUAUAAAAAACAAUAGUAUUUUAGAACGUCUUAACGGGAUUGUGAGCUUGUUUGAGCAGGGCCUUCUUCACCUCUUGUCUCUAUUAACAUCCUCGAUUUAAUGUUUUUGGAUAAGCUUUUUAAAAUUAUUUAAUAUUUUUCAAUAAGCUUUAAAAAUAUAUAUUUUUUUCAAAUUAUUAAAAUAUUUAAAAAUAUAUCAAAUAUAUCCAAAUAUUAAAGUAAUUUUCAAAAUAUUAAAAUAACAUUUUAAAAGUUAUUAAAUAAUUUUAACAUUUUAUCCAAAAAGAUAAAAUCAAGGCCAGUAUUCUGUAUGCUAAUUAGUUGUUGUCAAAUAUCCCCAGUCUAUAAUUAUAAAGUGAUGCAGAAUAUGUUGGUCUUAUAUAAAUGCUAAUAAUAAUCAUCCUAAUAAAUAUAAUAUUAUUUGCCUAGAGUUCAAAUUUUUUUUUUGCGUUCAUUUAUCUAUCUUCUCAUUACAGAAGGGAAAUGCGUGAUUUUGGGGUCAAAGUUUCCAUCAUAGAACCUGGUGCUUUCAAAACUAGAAUUGUUGCAAUUGAGCCACAUUUAAAGGCCCUGCAUCAUUUAUGGGAGAAUACCAGUGCAGAGAUAAGAGAGUCAUACGGAGAACAGUAUUUCCAGCAAUGUAAGACUAUAUGCUUACUUAUGUUUAAUUGAAAGGAAUGAAAGAAACCUUCAAAAUAGUUUUUCUUAUUGUAAGAUAUUUUUAAAAGGUUAUAUAGUUUAGAUUUAGCAUAGUUAUUAUGUAGUAGUAAUUAGAUCUAUGCAGUAAUGCUUAUUUCUAUACUUAGCAUUAAAUUAUUAAUUCAAUUUGAAUGGCAAAACUGAGGGGGGGAGGGGGAAAGCAACUUGUAACUAUACGUGAGUUUUAAUUUUUUUUCAGGUAAGAGGUUUUUCCAUUGGAAUUUAGUUUAGUAAAUAUGGAAUUUAGUUUUUUAAAAAGCAGAUUAAAAAUAAAAUAAAAUGUAAAUGUGAGUGGGCAAAUGACCAUCCACUCAUCACUUCCAUCCUGACAAGAACAAAGUUUUCCUGCCUAUCCAGCCUGUAGCUUGAGUGGCUGUCCUUCAGUGUGAAAAAACAUUGCCCUAUCAGCUUAUACCAACUGCAUAUGCAGAGAUAGCCACAUUGCAAAAAUUAAGCCAAUAAAGGCAAACCCACAACAGUGAAAGGCAUUUGAAAACAUUAUCAAUCACUAACACAUCACAUUCUAGAAUACUUGUUUUCUACAAAGAGCUAAAAAAAAUUAACUUGUGUAGUAAACUGCCAGACUUUGCAUAUUACGGAGGGAGAUGCAUGCAAUUUGCCAAGCACAAAUAAUGGCAGUGAAGCACACUGCAAAUUAAAUAAUCAUUCUCACAAAAAAUAAUAAUAAAACAAUUCUAAAUCAGUGAAUUAAAGUUGGUGUAUUAGCAUUAUCAUUAUAGCUAUCUAGACAAGAGAUUUUUUUAUUUUUGUCUUUUUUUCCUUUUUUCAAUUUAAUGAAUGAUAACGAGUCCGACUGUACCCUUGCAAGGGUCCCAAUAGGGCUUUGGCCCCAGGAAACACUUUGAUAGGAACAGCAUUUUGCCACUCCUGUACAUCUAACUAGGGCCUCCCUAGAGGUAAGUCUAAAUAGAGCCUCACGGCAGCCUAACUUUCCUUCAAGCAGACUGAUUCGUCGGGUUCCUGGGCCAUGAUCGAUGGCCCAACACAGGAUGGGUCCCAGCGACUUGCAUUGUAUGCUGCCAAGUGCAUUCCCCUCCACUCAGCCUGCCCAGGUAUAGAGAGCCCAGAACAGCCUCUGGUCUGCAGCUCCUCUGGGUGCAAACCUGCAAACCAUGUGGUAGAGAUCUUGUAAACUCAGCCAAUCAGAGCGUUACCAAGGGUUACCUCUGCAAUCUCUGACACUUCAAAUGCUGGAGCUCACAAGACCUCUACCACAUGGUCUGCAGCUCUGCACCAGGCAGAGCUUCACACCAGAUAUCUAUCCCACCAGACCACCAUGGGGUAAUUUGGUGUGGGGAGGCUGGUCACUAAAAAUAGCCUUACCACAAACUGUCACCCCCGCACACACUAUCACCCCCCACACACUGUCAUUCACCAACACACACUCUGUCACCACCCCACAUACUGACAUCCCCACACACUAUGAGCCCUCCCCUCCCCAUACACACGACCUCUAAUUAGGCAAUUUAGAAGGCUGCCUACAACUUCACGCUGUAAAUUAAACUUUAAUUGCAUACAGGAGGCUCCUGCAGGGCACAUCAAGCUUUUUUACAGAGCAGGAGAUAAGAAAUUCUAAAUUAAUCAGAAUCUGCAAUAAAGGUAAACAUUAGAUGACUUUUUACAGGAUGUAUUUAGGAAGGCUGUGUAAGUCACGGGCAGUGAGGUGUGCCUUAGGCUGUAUUGUCACGGGUGGCGGUCCGGAGACCUGUAUCCUGUAUGCCUGAUGAUGGUAGAAGUCACAGCAUGGAAAUGAACUAUCAGGGUCUGGUUCAGGGUAACCACACACCCCCUGGUGUUGAGCACCAAGGUGUGUGCGGCCACCUACCAGGGCCCUGAUGCAGCUACUGCAGAUCCCAGGUGCUAGAUGUUAUGCAGAAAUGUAUCUAGUACUAGAAACAAGGCAAGGCAAGACUAGAAUAGGCACCAAACAAGACAAGACUAGAACUACCCAGGACAUGUACACAAGAUAUGAGGGAAACAAGAACAGGACAUGGACAUGAACUGGGAAUACAAGAAAAAAUAAAACAAGACACAAGGAAAAACAAGAGGAGAAAUAACCAAGUACUAUAUAUGUAAUAAACAUAGGAGAUUUAGACAUGCAUAAAUGGCCAAGAUGUAUGCAGCCAACCACUGCGCCAAAGUACGCCAAUUACGGUGGGUCAUAACUGCCUAGAUAUGCAUGACUAAAAGUACAACAAUAAAACACACACAGUACUAACUUGCAAGGAAAGGAGCAGAGGGAACGAGACCACUGCUAGCAGAAACAGACUGAAACAAAAAGGAUAAAUGGCAAAGGAACAGGUGUGUCAACAAAAAACAAACAUUUUAAAGGAAUCCAGGAGACUGGGAAAUCCAGGAACGGAAUAAAAGAAUAAACCCAGAAAGCCCAGCAUAAAGAAAACCAGACAUAGAAUUGAAAACUAGAAAAACCAAGAAAAACUAAACAAGAAUUCUAAAAAGAGUACUGGAUAUCAGAAACCAAGGCCAGAAAUGAUCUGCAACAGGAACAGGACAUGUAUAAACAAAGUGAUUUUACUCCUAAAUUGAGCAGUGAGACUGUAGGGGCAUGAUCUAUACACCAAUACUGCUUAAUUAAGCUAAAGCUUUUUUGGUGACUAUAGUGUCCCUUUAAUUUGCAAUUAUGCUAAUCAUUUAUACACAAUUGUAGGCUAUGGUUGCAUAGCUUGGCAGUUGUAUAUACAUAAGUACCAGAAAGUUGGAGUGCGCUAGCAACUGCACUCGAGUCAGGAUCUUCUCUGAGUACUCUGAAAAAAUAUACAGUAUAUAGUGCAGACUAUCUGUAUAUACAGGGUAUGCAAAAUUAAAAGUAUAUCUGGGGAUCAACUCACAUGGACCAGAGCCCUAUCACCCCUGGCUCUGGGUUUGAAUUGCUCCAAUGGAGAGGGAUAAACCCACAGUAUAGCAAAACAGGAUACUUUUCUGAAUCAGAUGUAAUAUCUAGGCAGUAUAAACAAAUAGAGAGGCAGGAGCCCAAAUUGAAUAGUAUCAAACACAGUGUUUAUUUAAACAAAAUGUUAAAAACUCUUACUUGAAGUAGUGGGUUUGCCAGCAAUAAACCCACAACUAGAUAAGCAGGAAUUUACAGAAAAUGAUACAGCUUAGACACUUCCUGGUGCCUCUCUCUGAUGUCACACGUGACACUUCCUGGUGCCUCUAUCUGAUGUCACACGUGACGCGUUUCGCCCACCUCCUGGGCUUCUUCUGAUUCUGAUUCAGAAGAGUAUCCUGUUUUGCUAUACUGUGCUAUACUGUGGGUUUAUCCCUCUCCAUUGGAGCAAUUCAAACCCAGAGCCAGGGGUGAUAGGGCUCUGGUCCAUGUGAGUUGAUCCCCAGAUAUACUUUUAAUUUUGCAUACCCUGUAUAUACAGAUAGUGUGCACUAUAUACUGUAUAGUUGCUAGUGCACUCCAACUUUCUGGUAGUUGUGUGUAGGAAGGGAUGCCUGUGGCUUUUGUGCAUUGUGUUUAUGGCAAGCAUCUCCAGGGUGAGUACCUAGGUAAUUAGGGCAGGGUGAGUAUGGCAGGACCAGGGGGUUAAUGAGACAGGGUAGGGGGUUAGUGUGACAUGGUGAGGAGGGAGUGUGACAGGGUGAGGGGAGGUAAGUUUGACAGGAUUAGGCAUGUUAAUGUGACAGAGUGAGUGUGGCAUUGCUGAAGUGUGAGUAUCACAUUGUUGCGGUGAGUGCGGCAUGGUUGAAAUACAAGAUGAAGGGAGGUGAGUGUGACAGGAUUAAGGAGGAUUAGUGUUUCAGGAUGCGGCAGAGUGUGACAGCAUCAGAGGCGUUAAUAUGACAGAGUGAAUGUGGCAUGGUUGGAGGAGGGAGUGUGAUAGGGCAUGGGGAAGUGAGUGUGAUAGGAUUAGCAGGAUUAGGUGUGUUGAGUGACAGUGUGUGUGUGGCAGGGUGAAGAGGGUAAGUGUGAAAGAGUGAUAGAAGAUGAGUGUGAUUGUUCAAGAAAAGGUGAGUGUGACAGAAUUAGGAGGGGUUAAUGUGAUAGGGUGAGGGUGGCAGAACGAGGGCAGGUGAGCUUGGUAUGGUUGGAGGGAGGAAGAGUGACAGGAUUAGGAAGGUGAAGACUGAGGGCAGGUGAGUGUGGCUGGGUGAAAGGGGUGACAUUGUGACAGUAAGUGAGAGGGGUAACAAUGAAUCAGAGGGGAAGACAGUAUGUAGGGGGGGUUAAAGUGUAUCAGAGAGGGUGACAGUGGAUCAGAUGGGGUGAUAGUGGGUCAGAGGGGUUACAGUGGCUGGGGGUGAAAGUGGAUCAGGGGGUAAAACAGUGUGUGGGUGGUGACUAUAGUGUCACUUUAAAUUUGUUUAUGGCAAAGUAAUUUAGUUUGCAAAUUAUGCCAUAACUACAGUCAGAGAGCUCACAACACCGUGAAAAAGGAAGCCGCAACACUGCAAGCCUCUGCAUGACGAAUACAGAGACUUAUACACAUACAAUACAACCCAUGUUUUUUUAUUACGUUUUCAUUUUUGUUUUAAUUAUUAUGAUAUAGCAUAAUGGAUGUGGACAUGUAUUGGUAGAUAUGGUUUUGGUGAGGAGGGGGGAGCAGCAUUUAAUCUUUUGGUCAAGGGCAGCACAGUGUCUUGGGCAGGCCCUGCUAACUUGCACAAUCCUCACCAUCCAUCUGCUCUGCCUAAGGUACAGCUAGUAGUAGGUGGUGAGAACUGUGUAGAAUCAGAUACAGCCUGCAUAGCAACCCUAGUACUUUUUCUUUCUGCUUCUUCUCUCACUGAUACUGACUUGUGGUGCAGUUUCAUAAGUAGGUUCAUUCAGCACUAGUGAGAUGACUAUGCCUCCCUCUACUCACUUCCUUGCCUCACAAUUUGCACUUUGCAAAUCACUCUUCUUGGAGGCACUCAAAGUGUACCAAACCUUUCCUCAGCGCAAUACAAUAGCCAUGACUCUUUGCAUUGCUGCUGCAGAAAAUGCUGGUCAUUAUUGUGUCGGCGACCCAGAUAGGGACACUGGCCUUGCCGCCAUGAAUGUCUUUUUCCCUCUCUGGAACUCUGCUGCGCCAGAUUCAGUGAUAUAGCUGCCAAGUGAUUAAAGCUCUGGAGUGAUUAUAGCUCUUCUCAACAGACAUUAGCCAAGACUUAAUUCUGGGAGUGAACUAGUAUACAGUUCCAUACAAACUCCUCCUCGGCAUCCCUGUGUCUUGAAGAUAAUACUGUUUACUUUGCUUAAACUAAUUAUCCCCCAGGAACAGAGGUACAAUGUUCAAAACCCAAAACACCCCAAAACAGAUAUAAUAUUACAAGAGUCCCCAACAAGUCCUAUAACCCCGGAAAGCCUGGAUCUGAGUGCCCAAAAUGUCCAAAUAGCACUCAGAUCCCACGAACACAGCCGAAUCGCCACCGGGGUAAAGUUUUGACCAACUGCACAUGUGGUGCCUGCCCAAUAGUUCCAGGAGAAAAGUGGUGGCGGUCGGUCUCUUUCGGGAGUCCAAAAACAAAUGAAACACUGAAAAGAUUCUCUGGCUCCUCGGUAGCGAUUGUUCGGUAGGAUUGUUCGAACGAACUAGGCGAACAUCGCUCUCCUAAGAUGUGAGCAAACAAAGCAGGUGAAGAUGGAAGUUCAGCGGUGUUCACGGGUUAGUCUGUCCAAAUCAGACAGUUAGUCUGUUAGUUUCUGUUCCACUCGACAACCGAACACCACUGCCAUUACAAUUUUACUACAAUUUUCUAUGUGUUAAUCCAUGCGAAUGGCGGCCACCCAGCAGAACACUUGUAAUAAUGACGUAUGAACAUAGUAUUGUCAGUGACAGAGUGUUCUGUCACAAUUAUCAUUUAUGGCAGUGGACACGGUCUCAACUCCUGCAUCUACACCAGCACUUUGUAGAGUAAUGUGAAUGGAAAUGGUGAUAAUGGGGUAGUGGUGGAAGUGCUGGUGCUGGUGAUGGUAACAAUGGCAGUGGGUGAGCUACUUGUGGCCCUGGUAGCAGAUGCUGUUACAACUGUCUCCAUUGGACAAAUAGAACUGGAAUUAGACAAGGUGGAUAAGAUGCAGGAGUGGAGUGUACACAAACUGGAGAAGAGAGUUAGCUGCUUCCCGUCCUCUCCAGACUCUCCUCUUGGUUCAAGUUCCUCCUGGUUCAGAGGUAAAUACGCUACAUCUGCAAUGGUAGGAGAAAGAGUAAUCGAUUUUUCCCAAUCACAGAACCAUGCAAUUUUGCAAGUUAUCUUCUUUAUUUAUAGAAAAUUAAUUAUACAAUUGCUGUACAUUUAUUGAUUUCAUUUAUGUAUGUUCAACUAUGUAUAAUAGUAUUUUUUUUAAAUAGUUUUACAGUUCAUUACGAUCAUGUGACCCAAUAUGGCGGUCAUGUGAUAGUGUCAGGAUUACAGUAUGAUCCAGCACAUAGAACUGUGUAACACAGAGGACUGAUAGGUAACGUAUACUGGACUAACGUACCAAAGAAUAAUCAGGAAUAGCCGAGGUCAGGGGACACAGAAAGGAACACAACGAUAUAGGAAAGCCAGAGGUCAGGGAUGCCAGAAAACAGGGAAGUCGAAAUCAAUGCCAAAGUCAAAAUACCAGAAUAACCAGAAUCAAUAACGCGCUCUCGGACAACCACAAUGGAAACCACGACAGGGCACUGAGCAAGAGGAGAACUUGGCCUAAAUACCCCGCCUGUGGAUCUGAUUGGCUGUAACAGGCCUUUGACUCCAAAGGCAAUUACCAGGUUCCCAUUUGCAUGAUACAAACAUAAAAUUACAGGAAAAGCUCUACUGAAAAAUGGGUAAUAAGUGUGUGGUUUAUAAGGUACAGGGUGCUCUUAACCCCUUCAGAUCGGAGGGCGUACUAUUACGCCCUCUAAUAGGCGGCUCUAAACGCCACCGGGCGUAAUAGUAUGCCCUCCGGUCUUUCGGUACUUACCCGGUCGCCGGCGGUCCCACGGCGGCGAUCGCGGUGGGGGGGACUCCCAGGGAGCCCCCCGCGGCACGUCCGUCCUCCAGGAAGCCCCCCGGCCGUGUGAGAGUGGGGUCCUAGUGAGGACCCCACAAUCACAUGGCCGGGGAUAGCUGGCUUCUGUAUUGCCAGCAGGGGGGCUGCCUGUAAUUACAGGUGGUCCCCCUGCUGGCUGAAAAUAAAAGUAAAAUAAGUUAAUCAGUGUAAAAAAAUUAAUUAUAUAUACUUAGAUCAUAUAUAUACACACAUAUAUAUAUAUGAUCUAAGUAUAUAUAUACACAUAUACAUACACACAUGUACACCGUCUAGAUGUAUUUUACUAUUAAUAUAUAUAUAAUUAUAUAUAUAUAUUAAUAUCAAAUUACACGUAGACUGAUACUUAUUAAAUAUAUAUAUAAUUAUUGUUAUAUAUAUAUUUAUAUAUAUUAUAAAAAAAAUUAAAAUGUAAAUACGUUAAAAAAUAAAAUUAAAAAAAUAAUUAAAAAUAAAUAAUUAAAAAAUAUAUAGAUGUGUGUUAUUUCGUUCUAACUGUAUUGUGAAAUUAAUAUAUAUAUAUAUAUAUCAAAAUACACGUAGAACGAAAUAAUAUAUAUAUCUAUACACAUAAAUAUAUACGUAUAUAUCACUAUAUAUAUACCUAUAUAUAAAUAAAAAUAUUUUUUAAAAAUUAUAUAGAUAUAUACAUAUAUAUACACAUACGUAUAUAUAUACAUAUAUUAAUUCUACAUAUAUAUUUAUGUAUUAUUUUUACAUAAUUAGGUAUCUUAAUUAAUUACAAUUAGCAGGACCUGCCUGACAACCCAUGCCGAAAGUAAAGGGAAUUUAAUUUGCUAGCACUAUAUUUAACCCUAUAACUUUCCAAGACACCAUAAAACCUGUACAUGGGGGGUACUGUUCUACUCGGAGACUUCGCUGAACACAAAUAUUAGUGUUUCAAAACAGUAAAAUGUAUUACAACGAUGAUAUCGCCAGUAAAAGUGAAGUUUUUUGCAUUUUUCACGCACAAACAGCAUUACACGGACAAUAUUAUUGCUGUGAUACUUUUUACUGUUUUGAAACACAAAUAUUUGUGUUCAGCGAAGUCUCCCGAGUACAACAGUACCCCUCAUGUACAGGUUUUAUGGUGUUUUCAAAACUUACAGCGUCAAAUAUAAGGCUUGCGUUUCAUUUUUUUCACAUUAAAAUUCGCCAGAUUGGUUACAUUGUCUUUGAGACCCUAUGGUAGCCCAAGAAUGAAAAUGACCCCUAUGAUGGCAUACCAUUUGCAAUAGUAGACAACCCAAGGUAUUGCAAACAGGGUAUGUCCAGUCUUUUUUAGUAGCCACUUAGUCACAAACACUGGCCAAAAUUGGCGUUUUUUGCAUUUUUCACACACAAACAAAUACUAACGCUAACUUUGGCCAGUGUUUGUGACCAAAUGGCUACUAAAAAAGACUGGACAUACCCCAUUUGCAAUACCUUGGGUUGUCUACUAUUGCAAAUGGUAUGCCAUUAUGGGUGUAAAUUUCAUUCCCGGGCUACUAUACAGUCUCAAAGGCAACGUAACCAAUCUGGCAAAUUUAAAUUUCAAAUGUAACGUGCUAUAUUUGACCCUGUAACUUCCCAAAACGCCAUAAAACCUGUACAUAGGGGGUACUGUCUUACACGUGAGACUUUACUGAAUACAAAUAUGUGUAUUUUAUUGCAGUAAAAGCAAACAGUAUUAUGACACUGACCGUUAAAAUGUCAUGUAGAACUAAAAAAAUCAAAAAAAUCGUAUUUUCUCCCAUUUUUUUCAUAUUAAAUUAUGUUUCAUAGCUAAAUAUUUGAUAUUAAAUGAAAGCCCUGUUUCCCCUGAAUAAAAUGAUAUAUAAUAAGGGUGGGUGCAUUUACUAUGAAAGAGGUGUAUUACGGUUAGACAGACAUGUAGCGCAAAUGCCAGGUUUUGUUUACAUUUUGUUUUGUUAGCAACGUGUACAUUUGGCUCUGUCCUUAAGGGGUUAAAAUAAGAGAAUCUGUUCCCAUACCAGAUAUAUACAUGUAAUAAAAAAAUAAGAAAUGAUCCCAAGGCAUACCACGGUUUUGCACAUAACCGUGGCGUGCCUUAGGAUCACUUCUUAUUUUUUUUUAAACCAUUUGCAUGAUUGCUGCUCAGCACAAACCCUCCUGUGGAUUGAUUGCUGCUCGGUACAACUUUUCCUGUCAGGACAGUAAUGUUGCUUGGCACAACAUUUCCUGCCAGAACAGUAAAUGACAUUAACCACAUUUUUAUGUGCAGAUGAAUACGUGACAUUACCCCCCACCUGAAGAACGCCCACCGGGCGGGCAGGACCAGGUUUGAGAGGAAACUUGGUGUGAAAAUAGCAAAUCUUGCGGCCAGCAUGUAUAUCAGAUGCUGGAACCCAGGAACAGUCUGCAGGCCCAAAACCCUUCCAAUCCACCAAGUACUGCAAAGUGCCCUGAGAAAACCUGGAAUCAAUUAUGGAGGAGACCUCAUACUCUUCCUGUCCAGAAACAACCAAAGGAGGAGGAGGGACACUUGAGACAGUAUAUUUAUUACAAAUAAGAGGUUUGAGCAUGGACACAUGAAAGGUAUUAGGAAUUUUCAAGGAGGACGGAAGGGCCAGAGAGUAUGCAACAGGAUUGAGCCUACGAAGGACACGAAAAGGUCCAAGGAACCCAGGAGCAAAUUUCAUGCUAGGGACUUUGAGCCUAAUGUUUCGAGAAGAUAACCAAACCCUCUCACCCACUUGGUAAACAGGGUCGGCACCUCAACGUGUAUCAGCAUAAUGCUUGAAACGGUCAGCAGCAGUACCCAAAGCAGAUUGAACUUUAACCCAGGUAUCAUGGAUAGAAGCCAGACGGUCGUCCAAAGCAGGAAUAGCCGUAUCAGAAAAAACAGCCGGUAGGACAGUAGGAUGCCGGCCAUUAUUAACAAAAAAUGGACUAUGCCCAGAGGAGUCAUGGUCAGCAUUGUUCCUAGCAAACUCGGCCCAUGGUAGUAAUUCAGACCAAUUGUCUUGAGUGCUAUUAACGAAACAACGCAAAUAUAAUUCCAAGGACUGGUUAGCCCUCUUAGCUGUACCAUUGGUCUGAGGGUGGUAAGAGGAUGAAAAAGACUUAUUAUUAUUAUUUUAUUAUUUAUAUAGCGCCAACAAAUUCCGUAGCGCUGUACAAUGGGUGGACUAACAGACACAUAAUUGAGACCAGACCACUGACGUACAGGAACAGAGGGGGUUGAGGACCCUGCUCGAUGAGCUUACAUGCUACAGGGAGUGGGAUAUAGUGACACAAAGGGUUAAAGUAGGGGAAUUUAAUAGUUUGUUAGAGAAGGGUUUAUUGAGUGCUUGAUAGGUUAUUUUUGACAGUUGAAGGAACAGAGUCAUGGGGUGGGGGAUGAAAAAUCUGCUGACAGUUUAAUUGAUACGCUUUAAUGAAGAAGUGAGUUUUCAAAGAUUUUUUGAAGGAGUGGAGGCUGGGUGAAAGUCUGAUUUAGGAGGGAAAGGAGUUCCACAGAAUAGGUGCAGCCCUGGAGAAGUCUUGAAGGCGAGCAUCAGAGGUGGGGAUCCGGGCAGAGGAUAGGCGUAGGUCUUGGGCUGAGCGCAGGGGUCUCGACGGGACAUACUUGUGUAUGAGGGAGGAUAGGUAUGUUGGAGCAGCAUUAUGUAGGGAUUUGUAAGCAAGCGCCAGAAUUUUGAAUUGGGCCCUAUAUCUAACUGGAAGCCAAUGCAGGGACUGACAGAGCGUGGAGGCGUGGGAGGUGCGACCGGACAGGAAAAUAAGCCUCACAGCCGCAUUCAUUAUAGAUUGCAGCGGUGCAAGCUGGGAACAUGUAAGACCAGUGAGAAGGGGAUUGCAAUAGUCAAGGCGAGAGAGAACAACAGCAUGAACCAGUUCCUUAGCCUCGUCCGGCGUUAGAUAUGGGCGGAUGCGCGCUAUGUUCUUGAGUUGGAAGCGACAGGAUUUGGCUAUCGAUUGGACAUGGGGAGUAAAAGAGAGAUCAGAAUCAAAAAGAACCCCUAGGCAGUGAGCCUGGGAGGUAGAGGUGAUAGUAGUGCCGUUGACUUGGAUGGAGACAGACAAAGGAGUAGCAGCACUUGAGGGAGGAAAAAAUAGAAGUUCUGUUUUGGACAGGUUGAGUUUAAGGAAGUGAGCAGCCAUCCAGUUGGAAAUAGCAGAGAGGCAGUCAGAAACACGAGUCAAGGUGGGCGGAGAGAGAUCAGGGGAGGACAGGUAGAUUUGCGUGUCAUCUGCAUAUAAAUGGUACUGGAAGCCAAAGGAGCUGAUGAGUUUACCAAGGGAGGCAGUAUAGAUAGAGAACAGUAGGGGGCCGAGGACAGAACCUUGGAGGACGCCGACAGAGAGGGGUUGGGGAGAAGAGGCAGAGCCAGAGAAAGAAACACUGAAAGAGCGCUGGGAGAGGUAGGAGGAGCACCAGGAGAGAGCAGUAUCCCGUACACCAAAGUUACGGAGAAUGUGAAGAAGCUGUUGAUGUUCAACAGUGUCAAAGGCGGCAGAAAGAUCAAGGAGGAUUAGGAUAGAGUAUUGGCAGCGAGAUUUAGCAGCAAUUAAAUUGUUGGAUACUUUGGUCACAGUAGUUUCGACAAAGUGACCAGCGCGGAAUCCAGACUGAAGGGGGUCAAGCAGAGAGUUGGAUUCGAGAAAGUCUGUCAAUCUGGCGUCGACAACUCUCUCGAGGAUCUUGGAGGCAAAUGGCAGUAGCGAGAUAGGGCGGUAGUUGGAUGGGGAGUUGGGAUCAAGGUUGGGCUUUUUCAGAAUUAGGGUUACGGUUGCAUGUUUGAAGGCAGAGGGAAAUGUGCCAGAGGAAAGAGAGAGAUUGAAAAUGUUAGCGAGAGGAAGAGCAAGAGAGGGAGACAGAGUGCGGAUGAGAUGCGAGGGAAUAGGAUUGAGAGAGCAGGUGGUGGGGUGGGAGGACAGGAGCAGAGCAGAAACCUCUUAUGCUGUAGCAGGUGCAAAUGAGCAUAGCAUGGCAGGGGGAGUGGGGUUGGGUGAUGUAUUGAUACUGGUAGGAGAGAGAUUAGAGAUCUCUUUCCUGAUUGUAGAGAUCUUUUCAGUGAAAUGAGAUGCAAAGUUUGUGGCGGACAAGGUGGUGGAAGGAGGGGGAGGCACAGGGCGAAGAAGAGCAUCAAAAGUGUAAAACAGGUGUUUGGUUUGGUGGGACAGUGUAGUUAUGAUGGUGUUGAAGUAGUUUACUUUUGCAGAGGAAAGAGCCAUGCUGUAGGAGCGCAGCAUAAAUUUAUAGUGGACAAAGUCAGAUGCAAAGUGAGACUUUCUCCAGCAGCGUUCAGCAGUUCUGGAACAUUUUUGGAGGUAACGGGUCAGCUUGGUGUGCCAGGGUUGUAGUUGGGGGCGCUUGCUGCGUUUAACUGUAGGAGGUGCCAUGAUGUCAAGUUGAGAGGAGAGAGUGGAGUUGUAGAGUGAGGUUGCAGAGUUAGGGCAGUUGUGAUUUGAGAUGGGUAAAAGGAGUGUUUGGAGUUUGGUGGAGAAGUUCUGGAGAUUGAGGGAGUUGAGGUUUCUGCGAGGUUGGAGAGUUGAUGGUGGGGAAAUUUUGGUAUGGGGUAUGCAGAUGUUAAAUGUUAGCAGAUGGUGGUCAGACAAAGGAAAUGGAACAGUGGCGAGAUCAGAGGUGGUACAGAGAUUGGUGAAGAUGAGGUCAAGAGUGUUUCCUGCAGUGUGAGUUGCUGAGGAAGAAAUCUGUGUGAGUCCAAAGGAGGAGGUUACAGAGAGCAGACGAGAGGCAUCAGGGCAGUUGAGCUUGUUGAUAGGGAUAUUGAAGUCCCAGGAGGAAAAGUGUUCAAUAAAUAGUUUAGGGUGACUGGGGGGCGAUAGAUGAUGGGAAUUCUUAAAGGAGUGGGCUUAAAAAGGCAUACAGUGUGAACUUCAAAGGAAGUAAAAGGAUAGGGCAGGGGCAGGGAAGAUAGGUUGAAAGGUACAUUGAGGGGAAAGAAGGAUGCCUACACCACCUCCUUUACAGUCGAGUCUAGGAGUAUGGGAGAACUGUAGACCACCGAAACAUAAAGAAGCAGGAGUAGCGGUAUCGGAUGGGGACAGCCAGGUCUCAGUGAGUGCCAGUAUUGUGAGUGAGUUAGAGAUGAUGAGGUCAUGUAUAGCUGUAGAUUUGAUAUUACUACAAAUGGAGCGAGCAUUCCAGAGUGCACACUGAAUUUUGGUAGAGGAGGAUAAACUGCAGGGUAUUUGGAGGAGGUUUGCAUGGUUUCUGGUUAUUUUAGUGUGAGCAGAUGAGGUGAGGGGCCCUGGGUUGGGAGAGAAUCACCAGCUGCCAGAAGUAGGAGGAGAGAUAGAGACAGGAGGUGUGAAUGGGUCUUAUAUGGGCGGCGACUAGGGUGAGAUUGGGUUAGAGCAGGAGAGAGAGAAUAGAUAAAUGAGUGCAGGGCUUGAGAUGAGAGAAGGGGGGAGUGUAGCAGAGAGGGAUUAAUGUAAAUGUGAGUGUGUUGUUGAGGGAAGUGGGUGGAAGGGGAUAUUUUGAUCCUGAGGGAGAUGAGAGAGAAGGAGAGGAGGAGAAUAUAGAGCAUUGCUCUGAUGAGUAGGUAAGUAGAGGAAAUGAGAAUGAGCAGAAGUAAGGAGAAGGACUGAGUGUUAGGGGUUAAGAAGGUGGAUUGUGCUCAUUACGGGUAGUGUUUGCAGCUGCUAUUUGGAAUUAUCUAAAGUUGUGUGUGGGAUUCUAUCUAUAAAUGUAGUAAGGAACUUGGGGUGGGGUGGGCAGGAAUCUGAGCACUGUUCAGGUUUGCUAGAAGUGGUCUUUUAAAACUCAGACUGUGGAAGACAGAGAUGAUAGGGUCAAAACAGGACUGCAAUAAAAGCUAUGGAAUGGAGAUGCACAGAGGAGGUGAGGAUUGGUCAAGCAAGACAUUCGGGUGGGUAUCAAUAAAAUAAGGGGGAGGGGGGGAGAGAAGAAAUAACAGAGAAAGUCUUUAGAGAUAAGCAGGAUGUUGAAUAACAUUUAAGUUAACAAACCAGUGAUGAGCAGGGCAGGGAGCAACUAGCUUUAGCAUGCAGGACAAGACAAACUGCAGAAUAUAUGUAUGUAUGAGCAAACACACACAUACAUACAUAUAUAUAUAUAUAUAUAUAUAUACACACACACAUACACAAACACUAAAGAACAAGCACAUCCAGUUAAGAUACAAUGACAAAGAAAUGGUGGUUAGAGAUACAUAGUUUAAAAAUAUGCAAGUGGUUAAAAUUCAAUACAAUUAUAGUGUCCAGUAUUAAGGGUAGAUAGUUUCCUCCAUAGUCUACCUUGCAGAAACUCAGACAUGCAUAAGACAUUUUCCUUCCAGCUGUAGGUGAUCUGAGCACUGUUCAGGUUUGCUAGAAGUGGUCUUUUAAAACUCAGACUUGCAGAAACUCAGACAUGCAUAAGGCCUUUUCCUUCCAGCUGUAGGUGAUCUGAGCACAUUCAAUCCCUAAUUGUUUAUUGAAGGACCUCCAAAACAGGGACACAAACUGAGAACCUCUAUUAGAUACUAUAUUGUGAGGAAUGCCAUGCAGACAGACAAAUUCUCGUAUAAAGAUUAGUACCAGGUCUUGAGAUGACGGCAAUUUCUUGAGUGGAAUAAAAUGAGCCAUUUUUAAAAAAACUGUCCACAACCAUGAGAAUAGAGGUACAACCAUUAGAACUAGGAAGUUCAACAAUGAAGUCUAUGGACAAGUGGGACCAUGGGACCUCAGGAAUAGGAAGAGGUUGCAACAAGCCACAAGGGAGUUUAUGAGGUACUUUGGAAAACGCACAAACAGAACAAGCCUACACAUACUCCUUAACAUCCUUCCUGAGGGAAUUCCACCAGAAAGACCUCAUGAUAGCAGAAGUGGAUUUAUUAAUACCUGAGUGACCAGCAGACACAUUGUUGUGAAACACCUUUAUGAUAUUAACCAUUUCCCCCAAUGGAACGUACAGUUUGUCCUCAGGUUUACCGCAGGGCGCCUGAGACUGAGCCUCCACGAUGGAGCCAAGCAGUGGAGAGGACAAUGAAAGGACAGUGGAUGCAAUAAUACAUUUUGGGGGAAUGAUAUGGGACAUUUCUUGAUCUAGUAUAGCCUCAGUAUCAAACUGUCUGGACAAGGUGUUGGCCUUGACAUUUUUAGAACUCGGUCUAUAAGUGAUAAGAAAAUUAAAGCGAGAAAGAAAUAGAGACCACCUAGCUUGUCUAGAAGAUAAUCGUUUGGCAUCUCCUAUGUAAGCCAGGUUUUUGUGAUCAGUAAUGAUCAAAAGGGGGUCCUUGGAACCCUUAAAAGAUGUUGCCACUCCUUGAGAGCUAGAAUAAUGGUCAACAAUUCUCUAUUGCCAAUAUCGUUAUUGCGCUCAGCAGGAGACAACUUUCUAGAAAAGUAACCACAAGGAUGUAACUGAGUUUGCUGGUUCUCCUCUUGGGAGAGAACUGCCCCUACCUCUGUUUCUGAAGCAUCAACCUCCAGUAUGAAAGGCUUACUGGUGUCAGGAUGUAUCAAUAUGUUGGUGGAGGCAAACCGCUGUUUGAAAGUUUCAAAGGCUUCAAUACAGGGCUCGAGUCCUGCAGGAACGCAUGGGAACGGCGUUCCUGCACUUUUUCCAAAGCAGGAACGCCGUUCCCGUUACCUGUCCUGCAGGACCGGCCCUGCUACCUGCACUGAGGGGCCAUCACACGCUGUGUUCCCUCUCCAGCAAUAACUCUCGCGAGACCCGCGGCUGUUACCAUGGCAACGCUCCGCACAGGCGAGUCUCGCGAGAGUUAGAGCUGGAGAGGGAACACAGCGUGUGAUGGCCCCUCUGUGCAGCGGCUGGCUCCCUCCACCGGACCACCAGGCGAUCUCCCCCCUCCCUGACAAGGUAAGAAGCAGGGAGGGGGGAAUAAAAUAAAAAAAUAUAGACACAUAAAGUAAAAAAAAAAUGCUUCCCCUCCCCAUCAUCCAGCACACAUACACUCACACACCCAUCAUCCAGCACUCACACACACAUCAUCCAGCACUGACACACCCAUCAUCCAGCACUCACACACACACAUCAUCCAGAACUCACACACCCAUCAUCCAGAACUCACACACCAUCAUCCAGAACUCACACACCCAUCAUCCAGAACUCACACACACAUCAUCCAGCACACACACACACACACACACAUCAUCCAGCACACACACACACACAUCAUCCACACAUCAUCCGCACACACACACAUCAUCCAGCACACACACACAUCAUCCAGCACUCACACACACACAUCAUCCAGCACUCACACACACACAUCAUCAGCACACUCACACACCCAUCAUCCAGCACUCACACACACAUCAUCCAGCACACAUCAUCCAGCACUCACACACAUCAUCCAGCACUCACACACACAUCAUCCAGCACACACACACACACAUCAUCCACACACACACACAUCAUCCAGCACACACACACUCUUCAUCCAGCACUCACACACAUCAUCCAGCACUCACACACCCAUCAUCAUCAGCACUCACACACCAUCAUCAGCACACACACCACAUCAUCCAGCACACACACCCAUCAUCCAGCACUCACACACACAUCAUCCAGCACUCACACACUCUUCAUCCAGCACUCACACACUCUUCAUCCAGCACUCACACACACGUCAUCCAGCACUCACACACACGUCAUCCAGCACACACACACAUCACCCAGCACACACACACACAUCAUCCAGCACGCACACACACGUCAUCCAGCGCGCACACACACGUCAUCCAGCGCGCACACACACAUCAUCCAGCACACACUGCAUUCAUUAUACACACUCUUCACUCACUACAAACACACUACACUCACUAUACACUCACUACAAACACACUACAUUCACUAUACACCCUCUGCAUUCACUAUACACACCCUGCAUUCAUUAUACACAUUCUGCACUCACUACACACUACAUUCACUAUACACACUCUGCAUUCACUACAAACACACUACAUACACUGCAUUCAUUGUACACACUCUGCACUCACUACAAACACACUAAAUUCAUUAUACACAAUUUGCACUUACUACAAACACACUAUAUUCAUUAUACAUACUCUGCACUCACUACAAACACACUACAUUGACUAUACACACUCUGCAUUCAUUAUACACACUGCACUCACUACAAAAACACUACAUUCACUAUACACACACUGCAUUCACUAUACACACUGCACUCACUACAAACACACUACAUUUAUUAUACACACUGCACUCACUACAAAUACACUAAAUUUUUUAUACACACUGCACUUACUACAAAUACACUAAAUUUUUUAUACACACUGCACUCACUACAAAUACACUACAUUCAUUAUACACACUCUGCACUCACUAAAAACACACUGCAUUCAUUAUACACAGUCUGCACUCACUACAAAUACACUACAAUUAUUAUUCACACUGCACUCACUACAAACACACUACAUUUAUUAUUCAUACUCUGCAUUUACUACAAACACACUACAUUCAUUAUACACACCCUGCACUGCACUAUAUGCAUAGGAGUGUAAUUUAAAAAAAAAAAAAUUUAGGGGGGGGGUGGAGGGGAGGCAGGAAUCUUGGGUGAGUUCCCACACUUUUUUCCCCAGGACUUGACCCCUGCUUCAAUAGCCUCCUUAGACCAUAUCGUACUACUAGCCUCCUUGCAUGUCAUAUUGGUGAUGGGGGCUAUUACUGAAGAAAAUCCCUUUAUAAAUCUUCUGUAAUAAUUGGCGAAACCAAUGAACCUUUGAAUGGCUUUCAACCCAGUGGGUAAAGGCCACUGUAGAACAGACCCUAUUUUUUUAGGAUCCAUCUGAAACCCUGAGGCAGAAAUAUUAUAUCCUAAAAACUGUACUUCAGACUGGUCAAAGAUACAUUUUUCCAAUUUACAAUAAAGUUGUUUUUUUAACAAGGUUUGCAGAACUUGUUUAACGUGAUCUUGGUGAGACUGGAGGUCAGGAGAAUAAAGAAGGAUAUCAUCCAGAUAAACCAAGACAGACGAGUAAAUGUAAACCCUGAGUACAUCAUUAAUGAAAUCUUGGAAAACCGCUGGAGCGUUGCACAACCCGAAUGGCAUCACUAGAUAUUCAUAAUGUCCACUUCUGGUAUUAAAUGCAGUCUUCCACUCGUGGUUUUCCUAGAUUCUCACUAAAUUGUAAGCGCUUUUAAGGUCAAGCUUAGUAAACACUUUAGCACCCUGGAGUGUGUCAAAUUAUUCUGCAAUAAGAGGAAUGGGGUAGGCGUUCUUAAUGGUGAUUUUGUUUAGUGCCCUGUAAUCGAUACAUGGGCACAAUUCACCAUCCUUUUUAGAUACAAAAAAAAAUCCUGCACCAGCAGGUGAGGAUGAUUUUCGUAUGUGGCCUUUAUUCAAUGAAUCCUUAAUAUAUUCCUCCAUUACUCUACUUCUGAGGUGACAGCGCAUAGACUGCUCCCUUACGUGUAAUAGCGCCGGGUUGUAGGUUAAUGGAACAGUCAUAUGGUCUGUGAGGAGGUAAAGUAUUAGACUGAGUUUUGCUGAAUACUUCUUUAAUGUCUCGGUAUUGUAUAGGAAUUUCAGGGUUUUGAGAUGUACUAGUGGGUAAUUCAAUAGUGCCCACUUUUUUGGUGACAUGCAAGAUACACCUUUCAUUACACUCCUUACCCCAUUCUAAUAUUUCCCCAUUGGCUAAGUCAAUAUGAUGGUUAUGCUUGCUAAGCCAUGGAAAGCCUAAUAUGAUAGGACAAGAAGGAGAUGCAAUAACCUGAAAUUUAAUCUCUUCCUUAUGUAAGGCACCAAUGGACAUAUUAAUGGUUAAGGUUUUGUGUGUAAUCAAUGGUUGUGAGAGUGGUCUCCCAUCAAUAGCUUGAACCGCUAGGGGUGACAGUCUCUCCUUGAUAGGUAUAGUAUUAUGCUUGACAAAUUGGACAUCAAUGACAUUUCCAGCAGCCCCUGAGUCCAUCAGGGCUUUGCAUGAAAAGUUAUUUUUGUCAUGAAUAAUCAAAAUAUCAAUGAGAAGUCUAUAUUUAUUCUUUUCAGAGGACGUCUCCAUUAUACCUAAGACCUGUCUCCUUAAGGUGCUUAGGUGCGGUAGUUUCUUCGGACAAAUGGGACAAUUGUUUCUCAAAUGUUCAUUACUACCACAGUAUAAAAAUAGACCUUGGUUUCUCCUAUAUUGUUUCUCGGCCUCUGACAGUCUAGUGACCCCCAACUGCAUGGGUUCAGGUCCGGACUGUAUAGGAAGGUCAGGAACAACAGGUUCAAAGAGACGGGGAUUUAAAGGCAUAGUCUGGUCUUAUUUCUAGUAGUGUCUCUGGUUCUUAGUCUAUUAUCAAUUUGCAUAACAAAUGUGAUGGACUUGUUAAGUUUCUUGGGUAGAUCUUUGGCAGCAAUCUCAUCUUUUUAAAUGCAGAGAUUAGCCCACUGUUAGUCCAGUCUACCUUGGAAGCCAGGGUACGAAAUUCUAUGGCAUACUCCGAGAUAGAUCGGUUCCCUUGUCUGAUGUGCAUCAGGGCAGUGGAGGCGUCUUCCUCCCUGCUUAAUGGUUCAAAUAUAAGUUUAAAUUCCAUAAGGAAUUCCUGGUAAUUCUGUGCCACACUCUUAUUACUCUCCCAUAAUGGAUUGGCCCUAGCUAAAGCUUUACCUUUUAGUUGGUUCAUCAGGUAACCAAUUUUAGCUCUAUCUGUAGGAAAAGAUCCCUGUGAGGCCUCAAAAUUAUACUCUAUUUGGUUAAUGAAUCCCUGGCAUUCUUGAAUAUUACCAUCAAAAUGCACGGGAGGAGAUAGAGAGAUAGUGGGCACCUUGUAUACUAUAGGUGGAGGUGAGACGGUAGAGGAGACCACAGGCUGCAGAUGCGCUGUUUGGGAAAAAAGUGUAUUGAAGGCCUGGGCAAAUUGAUCCAUGCGGUGAUCAUUCUCCUCUAGUUUUCUUUCGUAACCAGCUAUGUGCUUUCACAAUUCUACAGGGUCUAUGGCCAUGUCGUAAUGUCAGGAUUACAGUAUGUUCCAGCACGUAGAAUUGUGUAACACAGAGGACUGAUAGGUAAUGUAUACCGGACCUUAGAAUGCCCGGACUAACAUACCAAAGAAUAGUCAGGAAUAGCUGAGGUCAGGGGACACAGAUAGGAACUCAACGAUAAAGGAAAGCUAGAGGUCAGGGAUGCCAGAAAACAGGGAAGUCAAAAUCAAUGCCAAUGUCAAAAUACCAGAAUAACCAGAAUCAAUAACCCGCUCUCGGACAACCACAAGGGUAACCAUGACAGAGCACUGAGCAAGAUGAGAACUGGGCCUAAAUACCCCACCUGUGGAUCUGAUUGGCUGUAACAUGCCUUUGACCCCAAAGGCAGUUACCAGGUUCCAUUUGCAUGAUUGCUGCUCAGCACAAACCCUCCUAUGGGUUGAUUGCUGCUCGGCACAACUUUUCCAGUCAGGACAGUAAUGUUGCUCGGCACAACUUUUCCUGCCAGAACAGUAAAUCCCAUUAACCAAAUUUUUAUGUGCAGAUGAAUAUGUGACAGAUAGUAAUGCUAAUUUGCACAGGAAUUUUCACAAUACCCAUCCUUAUAUAAGGAGUGAAUACCAGGACAAGAAUUACCCUUUUGUUGGCGAAAUGUGUUGCAUAGAAUGUGACAGCAGAUAACAACCAUUUAGCCCAUCUAGUAUGCCCAAUUUUCUAAUGCUUUCAUUAGUUCCUGGCCUUAUCUUACAUCUAGGAUAGCCUUAUGCCUAUCCCACACAUGCUUAAACUCCUUCACUGUGUUAACCUCUAUUACUUCAGCUGAUAAGCUAUUCCAUGCAUCUACUACCCUCUCAGUAAAGUAAUAUUAUUUUUAAACCUUUGCUCCUCUAAUUUAAGACUAUGUCCUAUUGUUGUGGUAGUGUUUCUUCUCUGAAAUAUAUUCUCCUCCUUUACUGUGUUGCUUACCUUAAUGUACUUAAAUAUUUCUACCAUAUUCCCUCAUCUCGUUUUUCCUCCAAGCUAUAAACCUUAAGAUCCUUUAACCUUUCCUGGUAAGUUUUACCCUGCCAUCCAGUUAAGUAGCUCUUCUCUGAACUCUCUCCAAAGUAUUAGUAUCCUUCUGGAGAUACGGUAGCCAGUACGGAGUACAAUACUCCAAGUGAGCUCUCACCAGUGCUCUGUCUGUACAAUGGCAUGAGCACUUCCCUCUUUCAACUGCUAGCACAUCUCCCUAUACAACAAAACAUUCUGCCAGUUUUUCCUGCUGCUAUGUUAUAUUGUCUGUCUACCUAUAAAUCAUCUGAAAUAUUUACCCCUAAAUCCCUUUCCUCACAUGUUGAGAUUAGGACUGUAUUAAAUAUUCUGUACUCUGCCCUUGGGUUUUUACGUCCAAGAUGCAUAAUCUAGUACUUAUCCACAUUAAAUGUCAGUUGCCACAGCCCUGACCAUUUUUCUAGUUUACUUAAAUCAUUUGCCAUUUGGCUUAUCCCUCCUAGAACAUCAACCCUGUUGCAAAUCUUAGUAUCAUCAGCAAAAAUACAUACCUUACCAUCAAGACCUUCUGCAAUAUCACUAAUAAAAAUAUUGAAUAUAAUGGAUCCAAGUACAGAUCCCUGAGGUACCCCACUGGUAACAAGACCUUGCUAUGAAUAUAUUCCAUUGACUACAACCCUCUGUUGCCUGUCACUCAGCCACUGCCUUACCCAUUCAACAAUAUUGGGAUCCAAACACAAAGACUGCAGUUUAUUGAUAAGCCUUCUAUGUGCAACAGUGUCAAAAGCCUUACUGAAAUCUAGGUAAGCAAUGUCUACUGCACCACCCUAGUCUAUUAUUUUAGUUAUCCAAUAAAAAAAAAAUCAAUAAAGAUUAGUUUUGCAUGAUCUCCCUGAAGUUAACGCAUGUUGUCUCUGAUCUUGAAAUUCAUGUGAUUUUAGAUGUUCAACAAUCCUAUUCUUUAACAUGGUUUCUAUUGCUUUCCCACUACUAAAUUAAAACUUAGUAGCGUAUAGUUACCCGACUCCUCCCUACUACCUAUCUUGUGAAUUUGCACAACAUUCACUAAUUUCCAAUCUUCGGGGACUACUCCCCAUUAACACUGAUUGGUUAAAUAAAUCUGUUAAUGGUUUUGCUAGUACACCACUAAGUUUUUUUUUUUAAUAACUUUGGAUGCAGCCCAUCAGGCCCCAUUGACUUAUUUGUCUCUACUUUAGACAGUUGAAACAGAACCCUCUUCCUCUGUAAACACAUGUAACAAUUGACUUGGUAUUUUUUUCCUUCAUUUUCAUCUGUAAAUACUGAACAAAAAUAUUAAUUGAGACAGAUAAAUAUACCUUUAUCUUCUACAUUCCUUCCUUUUGUUUUUACUCUAAUCAUUGUUUUACUUUCCUUUUCUCAUGUAGGUAUCUAAAAAAUAUGUUAUCCCCCUUUUUUUACUGACUUGGCUAUUUUCUCUGCUCUUAAAACUUGCUUUGCCUCUUUCUGUCUAAUCUUAAAGAUCUGUCUAUCUCAUUCUGUUUUCUUUUAUAUUUAUCAAAUGCUAGCUUUUAGUUUUUUUACUAUUUUGGCCACUCCUGCAAAGUACCACAGUGGUUUCUUCACUUUUGUGCUCUGACUGACUAGCCUAAUGCAAUUUUAUAUUAAAUCAUUAGUGCAAUUUUUUUAAUAGUCCCAUUUCUCUUGGACUCCAUUUAAACCGUUCCAGUCUGAUAAUGACUCACUUACACAUAUUAUACUCUUUAAAGUUUGUUUUUUCUAAAACCUAAAACUUUUUUUUGUGUAGUGUGAGGCAGUCGCUGUUCUACACCGACUGGUGAUCACUAGAUCCUAAAUUUUCACCUACAGUAAUAUCUGAUACGAAAUCUCCAUUUGUUAACGCUAAAUCUAGUUUUUCCUCCUUAUGAGUUGGCUCCUCAAUGACUUUUUUUAGAGAAUUCCAGUGGGGAGUUUAGAAUAAGUGUACUCCUGGUACAAGCAGCUAUUUUGGUUUUCCAGUUCACAUUAGGAAGAUUAAAGUAAACCGUAAUGAUAGGUAAAAUGACAUUGAAGAAAGAAGUUAUCUCCUCAACUAGUAGAUUAUCUUGCUCUUCAAUUUGUCCAGGGGGCCUAUAAAUCACAUCUACAGUUACUGUGCAAUUACCAAAUUCUAAUGUAACCCAAACUGACUGUUUAUUUUUAAUAGUUUUUAAGCUUCUUCCUUUUGAUAAAUCUUUGUAUUUUUUAUGCCAUGUUCCUGGCUUUUAAAUGGAUUCUCUCUGAGCUACAUCUGGACUACUCGCAUAUCUGUGGUGGGGGUCAUACCUACACCUAAAAGUCAGAGCAGGACAGGACAGAGUAAAAUUAUUUUCAUUUUAUGUUAAAAGUUCAUUGUAACAAAAACCAGUAUAUAUUCAAGAAAGUAUAAAGAUGAAUUCAAGUACUUCUUUUUGAAAGUAGUCUCCCUUUAUUCAGGUGCCCAAAGUGUACAACAGCAGUGUUUCGACCACUACAACGGUUUUCAUCAAGCUGCUAUUUACUACCUAUUCAACAUCAUAGUGAGGAUCACCACUUCACCUAGAUCUUCCACUAAGAGACUACUGUAUAUAUUGAUUGCACUUUAUAUUUUUCCACAACUACCACCCUCUUUUUACUUGUACCUGUGACACUGCUACUACUUCACUUGUGGGCAUAGCUGAGUCUGCUUAUAGUAACAUUAUAGUGACAGGAAUUAAAACAUGUAUUCAGGUCACUAUAGUAUUAAAAAUGCAUUUCAGGCCCCCGGCCACCCAUGACACUCUUUAAAAGGGUAAUAAACCUAGUGCCACACGGGUCCGUCAUGGCUGUCUCUGCCCCACUCCACCUCCCUGGCUGAGAUCAUCAAAAUUGAUGAUCUCUGCCAAUCCGCUGCAAAACACCAUGCUGCGCCAAUCAGCAUAUCCCCAUAGAGAUGCAUAGAAUCAAUGCAUCUCUAUGGGGAACAUUCAGUGCCUCCUUGCUGAACAUCAGUAAUGCACAUUGCAAUGUCAAUCAGCAGUGGCCAAGGCCAGUAAGGUAUUGUCAUGCAUGAAAAAGGGCAUUCAUUCUCGGGACAAGAAUAUCAUUUUUCCUCUUUAUAAAUCACUGGUAAGACCCCAUAUUGAAUAUGCUGUGCAAUUUUGGGCACCUGUUCUAAAGAAGGAUAUUAUGGCACUAGAAAAAGUGCAGAGGCGGGCUACAAAAUUAAUAUAACAAAUUUAAACCUAUUUAGUUUAGAAAAACGUCGCCUGAGAGGGGAUAUGAUAACAUUAUACAAAUAUAUUCGGGGCCAAUACAAACCAUUGUGUGGAAAUCUAUUCACAAACCGGACUUUACAUAGGACACGAGGCCAUGCGUUUAGACUGGAAGAAAGAAGAUUUCGCCUAAGGCAAAGGAAAGGUUUUUUUACUGUUAGAACAAUCAGGAUGUGGAAUUCUCUGCCUGAGGAAGUGGUUUUAUCAGAGUCCAUACAGAUGUUCAAGCGGCUACUAGAUGCAUACUUGCAAGAACAGAAUAUUCAAGGAUAUAAUCUUUCAAUGUAGGGUAAUAACUGCUUGAUCCAAGGAUAAAUCUGACUGCCAUUCUGGGGUCAAGAAGGAAUUUUUUUCCUAGCUUGUUGCAAAAUUGUGCUUCAAACUUUUUGCCUUCUUUUGGAUCAACAGCAAAAAACAAAUGUGAGGUAGGCUGAACUUGAUGGACGCAAGUCUCUUUUCAGCUAUGUAACUAUGUAACUAUGUAACAUUGUGCAGCACUGGCCCAGGAAGCACGUCUAGUAGCUGUCUGAGAGAAUGCCAGUAAAGGUGUUACUAGGCAGUAAUGUAAACACUCUUUUCUCUGAACAGGCGUUGUUUACAUGAAAAAGCCUGCAGGGACAUACCAUACACACAAUAAAAAUUACAUUAAGCUGUAUUUGUUCUGGUGACUAUAGUGCCCCUUUAAGACCUAAGUCACCAAUUGCAGCAUAAAAAGCUGAGAAAUAUUCACCUCCUGGGUGGUGAAUCAGAAAUGAUAUGCAGAUCUGACUAUCCUAGAGCUGAAUACUACUACCUAUAGUGGUGGUGGUUCUUCUGGUGGUGGUUAAGGUAGCAAUGGUGAAGGUGUGAGCAGUUCCCAUGGCAGAGGAAGAGUUCUUAAGAUACUGAGAGACCAUGGUACUACUGUUAAUGUUGGCAUGGAAAACACAACCCCUACCCUCCUUCUAUUUCUUCUUUAUACAAAAACACCUGCCACAUUUAAUGUACCAUUCACUUCUGCAGUAAACUAUCACAGACUGUAUUGCAAUUUGCAAUGUACAAGCAGUGGCAUUCAAGUACAGUGCAACUGAAAAAUCACAUGCUUCUGUUUGUCUGUCUGUCUUUAACAAGAAGUUAAAAAGGCUUUUAUCUUUAAUGAUGCUACCUGCCUGCAACACUACUCUUGCUGCUCAGAAAAACCUGGAUUUUCAUUGAAAGAUCUUAAAAAAACCCUGCAAUUCUCAGUCAGCCAGAGUUCACACACAGUAUUUCAAUUUGCAAAGUACAAAAUAUAGCACUGAACAGUGGCGUACACACAACCCAUGGGGCCCCAGUGCGAAAACUGAUCCGUGGGCCCCCCGCGCUUACUAUGCGCGGGCCGGGGCCGCAACACAUGGCGGCGGGCACCUGAUCGCAAGGGUCGCAGGGCUGCGACCCCUGCAACCACGGUAUGUACGCCAGUGCAUGCAGAUACACAUACAGUUAAAGGACCACUACAGACACCCAGAUCACAUCAGCUCAAUGAAGUGGUCUGGGUGCCAGGUCCCUCUUGUUUUAACCCUGUAGCUGAAAACAUAGCAGUUUCAGAGAAACUGCUAUGUUUUACACUGAGGGUUAAUCCAGCGAAAAUCCACUGUGAAAAUCACAGUGAGAAGACGCUGAACGUCCAUAGGAAAGCAUUGAGUAAUGCUUUCCUAUGGGCGGUUUGAAUGCGCGCACAGCUCUUGUCGCGCAUGCGCAUUCGGAGCUGAGAGGAGGAUCGGGGCAGAGGGAUGCCCAGCGCCAAGGUAGCCCUAGGCGCUGGAGAAAGGUAAGUGCUGAAGACACACACACUCACGAACAGACGCAUACACACUAGCUAACAGACACACACAUUUACUGACAGACACACACUCAGUGACAGACACAUACACACUCACUUACAAAACACACACUCACUAACAGACACCAAACAGACUCACUAACAGACACACACAAACUAACACACUCAGUAACACACACAAACUAACAUAUACACUGACACACACAAACUAACACUAACACACACACUCUAACACUAACACACACACACACACACACACACACUCUAACACUAACACAGACACACACACACUCUAACUCUCUUUGCAGAUCCUCUCCAAGUCCUUCAGGUUUUGAGGUUGACGUUUGGCAACUCAAACCUUCAUCUCUCUCCACCAGUGGCGUACUAAGGGAGAGUGGGCGGCGGUCCGCCCUGGGUGCCACUCACAAGGGGCAGUGCCUGGGGCAGACUGUGUCUGACCCGACACCAGGAGGGGGCCCGAUGGCUUGCUCGAUUUGCUGCCGGGUGUGAUGCCCCUUCUGUGCCCAUCGCAGACACCGGUCUGCAGCUCCGCAGUGAGCAGAGCUGCAGACCAUGUGUCUCGCGAGAUCUGAGCAAUCAGAGCAUUGCCGCAGGUUACCAGCUCCGCCGAGCGGCAGACUGGAAAUUAUGGCCACUCCCCUCUUCCUCACAUCACCACCCCCCUCCCAUCACCCUCUCCCUCUCAUCAUCCCCCCUCUCAUCAUUAACCUCUCCUUCUCAUCAUCUCCCCCUCCCUCUCACCAUCACCCCCUCCAUCACAGUAUUACUCCCCCCUCCCAAACCAUCACCCCCUCCCUCUCACCAUCACCCCCUUGUCACACCAUUAUCCACUAUACAAUCACACACACUGCAUUCACUGUACAAACACACUACAUACACUAUACAAACACACACAUACAUGUGGGUCUGUGCAUCUGUAUGUGUGUUGGUAUAUGUGUAUCGGUAUGUGUCAGUAUGUGUCUGUAUCGGUUUGUGUGUCUGUGUUUGUAUCAUUUUGUCUGUAUGUGUGUGUGUGUGCCAGUGUUUGUAUCUGUGUGUCUGUGUUUCUAUGUAACUGCAUGUGUGAACCUAUGUGUCUGUGUGUGUGUGUGUAUAUAUUAUAAUAUAUGUGUAUAUGUGCAUACAUCUUAGCAUUUCACCUACACUACACACAAAUACAACCUUGCAUCCAAAUGUCAACACUACAUAAAAACACACCACCAUAUUCAAAAACCACACUAAAGAAAAAUGCAUGCCUGCAUGCAAACACAUAUUCCAUACAAAAACAUUCAACCACACAAACACUGCUCGGUGCUAAAUGCAUUAAAAAAAAAUUGUGGGUGUUUUUUUAUGGGGGGAUGGUGUGUGCCAAAUAUAGGAUCUGCCCCGGGUGCCAAAUGCUCCAGCAGAUACGCCCCUGGUACACCACAUUAGAGUCUGUGCAGUCUUAAGUGAAAAGUUUCACAAUACAUGCAAUAACAUUAAUAGUGCAACAUGUCACAUUAGUUCAUACAUUGUUCUUAUUUCUAAUAUCUGCAACCUACACCAUAAAAACAUAAUAGUGGAUAAAAUAACUUAUGUUCCUCCUAUUUUGGGAGUGAUUUUUCUUUGGUAGGCUUUACCCUCAUUCAAUAGUAAUUUCUGGCCACAAGAUGGCAAUAUUGGAUCAUGUUUUUGGUAUUUACAUAAUCACCUGGGUGGAUUCAAAUUUUUGGUUCCUUUUCAAUGGUUCAUAUGCAGAACUAUUACUGCAUAUAUCAGAAGGGAAGAGUUUUAUUGUUUGGCUCCCCAUUUGUUAUUCGGUAUUCGGAUGACUGGAAAAAAAUGGCAAUCAGAAGGGAAGACUUUUAUUGUUCUAUAUAGAACAUUUACAUGACUAAAAACUAUUGAAAAUUCACACUGUUUUAAUUUGAAUUCCUGUGUUUGGCAUUAGCUACACAAAUCAUGGUGUAUUGUUUACCCUUCAAACAUGCAACCGUAUCCCUUUUCUGAAAAAGCCCAACCUUCACUCGAAUUCCACGUCCAACUACCGCCCUAUCUCGCUACUGCCGUUUGUCUCAAAGAUCCUUGAGAGAGUUGUGUAUGUGAGAUUGACAGACUUCCUUGAAUCGUACUCUUUGCUUGACCCGCUUCAAUCUGGAUUCUGCGCUCGUCACUCUGUUGAAACUUCUGUGACCAAAGUAUCCAAUGAUCUUAUCACUGUAAAAUCCCAUGGCCACUACUCUAUCCUAAUUCUCCUCGACCUUUCUGCUGCUUUUGACAUCAACAGCUUCUUCUCAUCUUCUGUAAUCUCUGUCUACGAGAUACCGCUCUUCCUACCUCUCCCAGCACUCAUUCAGUGUUUCUUUCUCUGGCUGUGCCUCUUCUCCCCAAUCCCUCUCUGUUGGUGUUCCCCAAGGGUCUGCUCUUGGUCCCCUAUUCUCAAACCACACUGCCUUCCUUGGUAAACUCAUCAGCUCCUUGUGUUCCCAGUAUCAUUUUUAUGCGGAUGACACACAUAUUUAUCUGUCCUUUCCUGAUUUCUCACCACCCCUCUUGACUCGUGUCUCUGACUGCCUUUCUACUAUUUUCAACUGGAUGGCUGCUCAUUUCCUUUAACUAAACCUGUCCAAAACAGAAAUUCUGGUCUUUCCUCCAUCAAGUGUUGCUACUCCCUUGUCUGUGUCCCUCCACGUCAAUGGCGCCACCGUCCGCUCUACCUGUAAGGCUCACUGCCUAGGUGUUCUCUUUGACUCCUACCUCUUCUUCACCCCUCAUGUCCAAUCAAUUGCCAAAUCCUGCUGAUUCCAUCUCAAAAAUAUUGCGCACAACUGACCCUUUUUAGUGCCUGAUACAGCAAAGGUGCGUGUCCAUGCCGCUGUCCUCUCUCGCCUUGACUACUGUAAUCCGCAUCUUAGUGGUCUUACGUGUUCCCACUUACCCCAUUACAGUGUAUAAUGAAUGCGGCGGUGAUGCCUAUCUUCCUAUCCGCCUGCACCUCCCACGCCUCCCCCCCCUUUGUCAGUCCCUACGAUGGCUUCCCGUAAGAAAUAGGACUCAAUUUAAGAUCCUGACACUUGCUUACAAAUCUCUACACAAUGCUACUUCUUCCUACUUAUCCUCACUAUUACACAAGUAUGUCCCAUCUAGGCCUAUGUCUAACCUCUGUUUGUACUCCUACCUCUGAUGCUCACCUUAAAGACUUCUCUAGGACUGCACCGUUCCUAUGGAACGCCCUUCACCCUCUCUGUUAGACUUUCACCCAAUCUCCACUCCUUCAAAAAAUCUUUGAAAACUUACUUCUUCAGGAAGACAUAUCUGUCACGGCAAGGGUGCAUAAUUUAUUUAUUACACUAUGAAAUAUUAUCCUUUAAUGUAAUUUGUGUAGUAAAUGGCACAAAUUACAGAGAUGGUAUUAUUGAGGUCAAAAGGGGUUACAUCUUUUGAAACUGGCACCCCCACAGAGGUCAGAUGACAGAAGGGGCAGUAUGAAUGGCAUAGCAUUGUGAAAAGGCUUUCAUUAUAUGGAUGUGAAGUAAUCAAGGCUCUGCAAGGUGUGAGGUUCUACACUUGGAAAAAGUCUGAAUGUCUCUUCAUCCUUUUGGCAUGUACCUUGUAAGGAAUGAGCCAAUCUCUUUGAUAUGUAAAUGACAUUAGCCUUGUUCCAGUAUCAUAUCCAAAGGAAAGAGAGAAACAUUCAUAUUUACCCCCAGAGAAUAAUAAUAAAGCCUCAUUCUUGUUAUAUUUGGAAUGUGACAAGCGCCAUAUUCUAACCAAGUCCAAACGUGAAUAGCCUAACUUGACCACAGGGUACGGAAUUGUGGUGUCCAUCCUAUCGGAUCACAAGGCCGGCAUGCAACAUGGGAAAAUAGAAUGGGAAAAUAAUAACAAAUGCAUAGAGGCAAUUAUUAUUUCUGUGGUGAGUACAUAAGAGAAGAUAGAACCAAAUGUUUCCAUUUGGAUUGAUCUGGGUCUGGACACAAGGGGGUGGUCACUUAUUAUUUCUGUAGGUACGCCUUAACUCCACCUCUGGGUAAGGCGUGGUAAUCCACAGGGUAUAUCUCUAAUGAUCCUGAAGGGUGCUGGUGUACUUGCUUGGGGCCAAGAUCUAAUUUUGAGUGAGUGAGUCACCAUCUUUCCUUGCCAGAGACCCCCUGGACAGAAGUUGUACUUUGAAAACCUAAGUGAGUAAUUAGGACUUCUGUUUUUUAUCCUUUUUGUUUUUAUCUGUUGUUGGUGUAAAUAAUUUGUUUAUCAUAUAUUGUUAUAUGCACUGUGACUAUUUUUUGCUCAUAAUAAACAUUAAUAUAUUAAGUUCUGCCUUUGUCUGGUUAAGAAUCACGUUACCUGAAGUGACUAAUUAGUAUUUUUGCAAAUCCUUAAAUAUUGUACUAAGUAAUAUUUGGUGGGUUUUUCUUGUUGAUUUACCUGGGGGACCAAGGCACCCCAUUUAUAAAUUGUCUUGGUGGUGGCAGCAUCAAAAUAUUAAUAGUUAUAUUAUUAUGUUUAAGUGUGGGUGGUGUUAAAAGGGAGAUUUUGUCAUUAUUUCUGGUCUAGUGCAGACAAAUAGUGAACUUUAACCCUUUCACCACCACAACUACAUCAUGCACACUCUUGGAGUAGGGUGCGUUCGUGACAAUAUCAAUUAAACUGUGAACAACUUUCCCACACCCUGAUUCCUCUCCUGAAACUGUCAUCAAAACAAAACACUAAGCCCUCAAUGAACAUUAUUCUAGCAACCUACUUUUCUAGCCUACUCUUACCUUUUGUAUCACAUUACCCACUCCCUCUAGCAUGUAAGCUCAUUGAGCAGUGCCCUCUGUUCCUUUGUAUCCAACCCGUCUGGUUACAGAUACUUGUCUUUUAGUCCACCCAUUGUAUAGCACUAUGGAACUUGCUGGCGCUUUAUAAAUAAUAAUAGUCUAUUUUUAUUUUAAAAUAGUGUUCAUUAAAAAGUUAUGGUUUAAUUUGUCUCACACUUCUAAGUAAUAGACUGCUACAUCUGCAUACAAAAACAAGGAAGAUGUAUUAAAGUGGCCAACAGACACGUUUAGCCAACUACUUCAUCCUUCAGCCAUUGUUUAGGAUAGAUUAUUUAUGGGUUCUGUUAUAUUUACACUAUUUUACAUUAUAAAGGGCCAUUUACCGAAGUAUCCCUGCGUAAGAGAAAUCUUUUUGUCUGUCAAUUGUUAAAAUACAAAUGGAACAAUGUUUACUAGGAUGUUAACUUUUUGGAUUAAGUAUAGUGUUUUAAAAAUGUAUAACCAAAAGGUGUGUGUGAUCAACAUCUCAUGAUAAUGUAUCAAUGUUUGUAAAGCAAAUUGAUUUAUCUCAGUUUGUAAUAAUGUACUCUUCAACAAUGGUUCCCAAAACAGGGAGGCAGGUAAGUAGCAAAGUAAAAUUCAAAUUCAAAAUAAAUAAGAUCUAUAAAGGAUUAACUUUAUUACAAUUUACAAAUCAACAAUAUAUAAAAAAAGGAAUCCCAAUAGGUAAAAAAUUCACACUUAAUGCGUUUCACCUUGGAGGUUUCAUCAGAAGUGUCAUUUUAUAUUUUAAUUAGUGAUGUCGCGAACAUAAAAUUUUCGGUUCGCGAACCGCGAACGCAAACUUCCGCAAAUGUUCGCGAACCGGGCAAACCCGGCGAACCGCCAUAGACUUCAAUAGGCAGGCGAAUUUUAAAACCCACAGGGACUCUUUCUGGUUGAAGGGGGAGGGGGGGAGGAGACCUACUCUCCUCCCCCCCCGGCCCCCACCCCUGGGCGGCGGGUGGGGGCCAUAAAGAUAAUGAGGGGGGGACAUAUUGUCCUCCCCCUCUCUGGCCCCCACCCCUGGGCGGCGGGUGAGGGCCAUAAUGAUAAUGAGGGGGGGGACCUACUGUCCUCCCCCCCCGGCCCCCACCCCUGGGCGCCGGGUAGGGGCCAUAAAGAUAAUGAAGGGGGACCUACAGUCCUCCCCCUCUCCGGCUCCCACCCUUGAGCCGUGGGUGGGGGCCCUAAAAUUAACAAUAAGGGGGGGACCUAUUGUCCCCCCUGGCCCCCACCCCUGAGCAGUGGGUGGGGGCCCUAAAAUUAACAAUAAGGGGGGGACCUAUUGUCCCCCCCGGCCCCACCCCUGAGCGGUGGGUGGGUGCCCUAAAUACAAAGGGGGGGACCCUAGUCACCCCUCCCCCCCAAAAAAAAAUUAGCUUCCUACCUACCCCCCUCACCCUAAAAAUAACGAGGGGGGGACCUUUAACUAAAAACCUGUUAAAAAAAAAUUAGAUAAAAAUAACUUACCAUUUGAUGUUUUCUUUCUUCUACAAUCUUCUUUUUUCAGCCCCAAAAAAGGCCAAAUAAAAAGCCAUAAGAACCGACGCAAUUAAAAAAAAAACAACAAAAAAACAAGCGCACAAAAAAAUAAUCCAUCUUCAUCCAUGGAGGGCUCCACGCAGACUGAGCUCUGCAGGGCGGGGUAUGGCUUAUAAAGCCUUGCCAUGCCCUGCAAUUAGGCUAAGAACACUCUGAUUGGCUUGUUUAAGCCAUCCAAUCACAGUGCUCUGUGUCAUUUUACACAGCGUGGGAAAAUUCAACGCUGUGUAAGAACACUCUGAUUGGCCCAAUCAGCUGUCAUUUUACACAGCGUGGGAAAAUUCAAAAGAACUUUCCCACGCUGUGUAAAAUGACACAGAGCACUGUGAUUGGAUGGCUUAAACAAGCCAAUCAGAGUGUUCUUAGCCUAAUUGCAGGGCAUGGCAAGGCUUUAUAAGCCAUACCCCGCCCUGCAGAGCUCAGUCUGCGCAGAGCCCUCCAUGGGUGAAGAUGGAUAAUUUUUUUGUGCGCUCGUUUUUUUUUGUUUUUUGUUUUUUUUUAUUUUUAUUGCGUCGGUUCUUAUGGCUUUUUAUUUGGCCUUUUUUGGGGCUGAAAAAAGAAGAUUGUAGAAGAAAGAAAACAUCAAAUGGUAAGUUAUUUUUAUCAAAUUUUUUUUUUACAGGUUUUUAGUUAAAGGUCCCCCCCUCGUUAUUUUUAGGGUGAGGGGGGUAGGUAGGGAGAUCAUUUUUUUGGGGGAGGGAGGGGUGACUAGGGUCGCUCAGGGGUGGGGGCCGGGGGGGACAAUAGGUCCCCCCCCUUAUUGUUAAUUUUAGGGCCCCCACCCACCGCUCAGGGGUUGGGGCCGGGGGGGACACAAUAGGUCCCCCCCCUUAUUGUUAAUUUUAGGGCCCCCACCCACCGCUCAGGGGUGGGGGCUGGGGGGGGACAACAGGUCCCCACCUUAUUGUUAUUAGGGCCCCACCCACCGCUCAGGGGUGGGGCCGGGGGGGACAGUAGGUCCCCCCCUUAUUGUUAAUUUUAGGGCCCCCACCCACCGCUCAGUGGGGACAAUAGGUCCCCCCUUAUUGUUAAUUUUAGGGCCCCCACCCACCGCUCAGGGGUGGGGCCGGGGGGGACAAUAGGUCCCCCCCUUAUUGUUAAUUUUAGGGCCCCCACCCACCGCCGGGGACACAAUAGGUCCCCCUUAUUGUUAAUUUUAGGGCCCCCACCCACCGCUCAGGUGGGGGCCGGGGGGGACAAUAGGUCCCCCCCUUAUUGUUAUUAGGGCCCCACCCACCGCUCAGGGGUGGGGGUGGGGGGGGACAGUAGGUCCCCCCCUUAUUGUUAUUUUUAGGGCCCCCACCCACUGCUCAGGGGUGGGGGCCGGUGGGGACAAUAGGUCCCCCCCUUAUUCUUAAUUUUAGGGCCCCCACCCACCGCUCAGGGGUGGGGGCCAGGGGGGACAAUAGGUCCCCCCUUAUUGUUAAUUUUAGGGCCCCCACCCACCGCUCAGGGGUGGGGGGGACAAUAGGUCCCCCCCUUAUUGUUAAUUUUAUAAGCCAGGAACUAUUCGCCGGCGAACCGUUCGGGACAUCACUAAUUUUAAUGAAUAAUCACUAGAUUAAGUUUUUUUUAACCAGGCUAAAGCCUCAAUUUAAUAAGAUUUCUAAGUAAUUCAAUAUUGUUUAAAAAACUUUCCAAAUGAUUUAUCUACAAACAUUUCCAUGGACUUUAACAGUAACAUCUGUAGAUAAGUAACUUAGAAAGCUUAUUAAAUCAACACCUAAGGAAGAUAACAUGGAAAAUAUGCAAAAUGGUUAUUCGUUUUAGUUUAAGGAGCACUCCAGUAACCAUAGCAAUUUAAUCUAAAUAAAGUUUGUUAAUGUACCAGGAGGUCCCAGGAUGCUUUGUUACCUUAAGGGGUUAAACUGUUCUCGAAUGUUUUUUAACCCUUAAAGCUGCAUACAGUGCUGGAUCUCCAGGUUCCCCAGUGGCAUCUGGCUUCUGAAAUUAACAUUUUAAGCCAAUAAGUAGCUCUCCGUACAUAAAAAUGGUACUUGUGGGACGCUGCUGGGAACCUGGCGAUCUGGCAACUUUAGGCCACCUUUGGGGUUAAAACAAUUGAACAGUUUAACCCCUUAAGGUAAAGUGCCAUGGGGGUUUCUGGCACCAUACGAACUUUAUUUAGAUUAAGUUGUUAUGGUGACUAGUGUUCCUUUAACUUAUGUUGUUUUUUGUUGCUGUUUUUUUAAGUUGACCAAAGAAAUAACCUUUUUGUUUUAUUAUUUUAUUUUUUAUGUACACAGAUGCUGAGAAUUUAGAAUUACUAAUGGGCAGUGCCAGUCCUAAAUUGACUAGAGUCACAGACUGCAUGGAACAUGCUCUCACUGCCGUUUACCCCUGGACACGAUACACCCCUGGCUGGGACAGCAAAUUCUACUACAUUCCUGUAUCUUACCUUCCCACAGUCCUCUCGGACUAUUUAUUAUGCCGCACUGCACCCAAACCAGCUCGUGGGAUAAUGUAAUUCACUAAGAUUAUAAUAAAUGAUGAGUAAAACUUUACAUAUAUUACCAUUGUUACUUUGCAACUUUAGGC